AAGCUCCUCCCUCUUACAACACUAACCAGGAAGAGACGGACUUGUUAUUUCUCUUUUCUGCCAUACUGACUGUGUCUCGACAAAAGCAAUAAAGAAUCAGCGAUCAGUGGAGUACGAAGGGAAAAACUUUACAGAACAAUUUGAGAAGUUUUUUCCUGAACAAGUUUUUUUUCUGAUCUUUGUGAUUCUCAUGGUGAUUCAUUCUUAAAACCGUCGUUCAGAAAGUGAAAGUAAAAUUUAGAUUGCUGGAGCUCAAACAGUGAGAAUGGCUUCAGCAGCUGAAGAUGAUUAUAUUUGUCCUGUGUGCUGUGAAAUCUACAAGACUCCUGUUAUUUUAUCCUGUAGUCACAGUUUCUGUAAAGAGUGUCUUCAACAGUUCUGGAGAACCAAGACAUCUCAGGAGUGUCCUGUCUGCAGGAGAUCCUCAACAUCUGAACCUCCAGUUAAUCUUGCGUUAAGAAACUUGUGUGAGUCGUUCCUGAAGGAGAGAAAUGAGAGGCGUUCAUCAGGGUCUGAGGAGAUCUGCAGUUUACACAGUGAGAAACUCAAGCUCUUCUGUCUGGAAGACAAACAGCCAGUGUGUUUAGUGUGCAGAGAUUCAAAACAACAUGACAAUCAUAAAUUCAGACCCAUCAGUGAAGUGGUUUCAUCACAUAAGGAGGAGCUCAAUACAGCACUGAAGCCCUUACAGGAGAAACUUAAACGCAAUAAAGAAAUGAAAGCAGAGUUUGAGAAAACAGUUCAACACAUGAAGGCUCAAGCUGAGCAAACAGAGCGUCAGAUUAAACAGCAGUUUGAGAAGCUUCAUCAGUUUCUCAGAGAUGAAGAAGAAGCUACAGUCACUACACUGAGGGAGGAAGAGGAGCAGAAGAAGCAGAUGAUGAAGGAGAAGCUGGAGGAGAUGAACACACACAUCUCAGCUCUUUCACACACACUCAAAGACAUGGAGGAGAUGAUGAAAGCCAGUGACGUCUGCUUUCUGAAGGAGUUUCCAGUCUCAAUGGAAAGAGUCCAGAGCUCACGGCCGGAUCCACAGAUGGCUUCUGGAGCUUUGAUUCAUGUGCCACGAUACUUGGGCAACCUGCCGUUCAGAGUCUGGAAGAAGAUGCAGGACAUCGUCCAAAACACUCCUGUGAUUCUGGAUCCAAACACUGCAGAUCCACGUCUCGUCCUGUCUGAUGAUCUGACCAGUGUGAGUCUCUGCGGGAACAAUCAAACUCUUCCUGAUAAUCCAGAGAGAUUUGACUGUAAUGUGUGUGUUCUGGGUUCAGAGGGUUUUAACUCAGGAACACACUGCUGGGAUGUGGAGGUUAUAGGGAGUAAACUCUGGGCUCUUGGAGUAACUACAGCAUCAAACCAGAGGAAGGGACUCGGUUUCUUCAGCACUGAUGUUUGGAGUGUGCAGUAUCAUCAGGACGGACUGUCUUUUAGUUCUGGUUUUCGUGUUAAACAGAAGCUUGAUCGUGUGAGAGUGAAUCUGGACUAUAAUGGAGGAACGGUGUCGUUCUCUGAUCCUGUAACUAACACACAUCUACACACACUCACAGCCACCUUCACUCACACACUCUUUCCAUUCUUCUAUUGUUCUUCUAGCUCUCUGAGGAUCUUACCGGUCAAUAGUCAGUAAACGUCACUCCUGUAGAUCUGGAUCUUCUGCUUUCAUCAUGUUUCCAAUAUUUCCUCCAUCUCACAUGAGUAAGAGUGCUGUUGAUCUGAGUAUCAGUACGGUGGCUGUGAUUGGGCCGUGAUGAUCACAUGACUGAUAUCCAGCACUACAGCAACACUCAGAUCAAUAAACAUCAAGUUUUCAUUUAUAUUCCACUUCACACAAUUAGACCCAUUAGAGGCCGUUUUAGCAUUCAUGUUUUCAGGAUAACUGACAUUUACCAGAUUAUUACAGUCAAUGUGUGUUUAUUCAUUUCUUAACUUCUUGCAUCAUAAUUAUAUAUGAUAUUAUAUUAUAUUUUGUUCUUGUAUUAAAUCAAAUAACUGAAGCUGUAAAUUCUGCACAUUUUCAGUGUUUGUUCAACAUGAGACUAAAUGAAUAAUUAUUUCAGUUAUAGAGGUGAAGUGAUCAUUUGUUCAUUGGAAUAAAUGGAUGUAAAAGG